AUGGAUCUUGUUGAUAAUCCAUUAAGACGUUCCCAAAUUGGUCCCAAAAAUAUUAUUUCCGAUAGGCUUGAACCGUUUCCUAUUUACCAUGUAAAUAGCAUAAGCACUGAUGCUGAACCGGUAUCCAUCGAUUAUGAUCAAUUUCAAAAUGAAGAUAAUGUCGAAAAUGACCGAUAUAAAUUUACCAAAAUCAGAAAGGAUCUUUACCCUUUACACCACGAUACGCAUCAACUAGAUUCUGAUGAUCUAUAUCGAACGCCUUUACAAAGGAAAUUUUAUUAUUUCUUUGAAGAACCUCGAUCGAAAUGGGCUCAACUUUAUUCAUUUGUUUCUCUCCUCUGUGUAUUGAUUACAAUAACUGUGAUUUGUAUUGAUUCCUUACCAACAGUUUUCAUAAUUAAACAAGUCAAUGUGCGCAUAUGUAUAACUGCGAUGACAACAACCGGAUAUGGAGACGACUUACCAAUCACACUUCUUGGACGAUUUCUUGCUACAUUAACAACCAUAUCCGGAUUAUUAGUUAUUGCAUUAACUUCAUCUAUCAUUGGAAUAAAUUCUGAUUUGGAAUGGUCAAAAUAUCUACGACGUGAAUCCAGGGUGAAUUUUUAUGCCAUGUGGAAAGCAAUCGAUGAUGCCAAUGUUGAAAAGUUAAGUAGCAAAGAACAAACCGCAAAGGCAGACCUCUUGGAGUUUCAGAAUGGUAUUUUAGUAGAUCUCAUAGAGGAAAUUCAAGAUAGGUUUAAUGAAAUUGACCCUCCAAUGUAUAAAUUUAAAUAUGACAAUUUACGGGUUGAAUACAAUCAAACAAUUGGGAAAUUAUCUCAACUAGAACUGGAGAUGAAAGAAUACGAAAAUUUAGGUAACCUAGAUGAUUAUGAGCGUCUUGAUAUAAUCAAAAAUGAUGAAUGA